AUGGCGGAGAGGGCGAAAUCUUCCCCCGGCUCUGGCUGGGGCGGAGUCUCCCUACAGCUGCCCACCUUCUCCUCCUUCCCUGCAACUUCCGCCACACCCACCCCGCAGCCCUCCGCGCAGACCCCCUCGACCGCGCUGGCGGGAAUGGCUUCCGCCUUCCAGUCGUUCGGUUCCGCCUUCCAGUCCUUCGCGGGCACCGUCGCCUCCGCCAUUCCGCCCGUGUCCCCCCAGGGGAAGACGCCGGCCGGCGGGCGGGGCGCGGGGGGACAAGCGGACGGGGAGCGCGUGCAGGAGUUCCUGCAGGAGCUCUCCGCCAAGUCGCAGCGAGGGGUUGGGGGCGGUGAGGAGGUGUACGACCCGGCGAUGCUGACGGACGACAAGAAGCAAUGGAAUGAGCUGCAAUCCGUGAACAGUCGCAAUCGCCUAUUGGAAGCAGACACGUUCAUAGACCACUUUGUGGUGGUGGGGCUGCACCCCGAGGCGGACCUGAGCAGCGUGGAGGCGGCCUUCGCCACGCACAAGCGCGGGCAGCUCAACGGCACUGUCAGCGACUCCGUGCCGCCACCUGCUGUGCACCUCGAUGCCCAGCUGCUGUACAAGUACCCGCCACGCAAGAAGCUUGCUCUUUCGCCCUCCGACCUGCCAGGCUUCUGCUUCCCAAACGGUGUUGAGGCGAGGUGCAUGGAGAAGACACCAUCAAUGAAGGGCUUCCACCAGUCCAUCUACGGCCAGGCGUACCAAACAGCGGACGACAACGCAUACGUGUUCCUCCUAGCAGUGGACGACAACGCCACGCUGUACGGGGUGUGCAUGGUGGUCAACGAGGUGGUGCAGCGCCCGCCCUCCGUGCUCGCCAUGAACAACGCGCUGCUCGGCCCCAAGCCCGCUGGACUCCCCUCUAAAUACCUUGUCACGGCGCCCCGCUGCUAUUGCUUCCUCACACGCCUGCCGUUUUUCGAUCUGCACUUUGAGGUGCUCAACACCAUCCUGGUGCAGGAGCGAUUAGACCACAUGAAGCAGCACAUGCGCCGCAUCAACGCCGGGGGCAUCCAAGCCAUGCGACGGGGGGGCUUUCACAGCGACGACGACGACGAUGACGAGGAUGAUGAUGAGGAUGGCAUGGGCAUGGGCGCGGGCGCGGGUGGGAAGUCAUUUCGAGGCAAGAAGAAGAAGGAGAAGGAUCCGAUGUCGUUCGCUGUGCCGGUUUCCACGCUCGCUCCGGUCCACUCCUUCUCGCGCUCGCCGUCGUCGCGGCGGCUGCAGGGCGUGAUGAAGCUGAAAGAGGAGGCGGAGCAGCAGGUGAAGAGGUUCAAGAGCCUGAGGGGCCUGUCGAAUGUGAGGGGGCUGCAGGGGUUCAUUGCUCAGUUGCAGGCGGAGCAGCGUGGGGAGGGCGGGGGGGAGGAAGGGAAGGGGCGCGGUGAGGGGAUGGAGGAAGGGGGGAUUGAGGAGGGCGAGGAGGGGGAGGAGGGGGAGGAGGGGGAGGAGAGGGAGGAGAGAGAGCAGAGAGGUAUCGAGGAAGGGGACGAGGAAGGGAAGGAGGAGGAGGAGGAAGAGGAGGAUGAGGACGAGGAUGGGGGAGUGGGUGCGGCUGAGGGGAGCAAGGAGGAGGGAGAGGGUGAGCAUGAUGAGCAAGUGGAGGAGGAAGAAGGGGAUGAGGAAGAGGAGGACGACGAGGAUGAACUAUCGAUGAGGCAGGCAUCGCGGCGAGGACGGCUAAUGGUUCCUAAGGAGCUGUUGCAAGCACACGAGGAGGAGGCGGGGCGAGCGGGCGCUGGCGGCAUGUGGCACUCAGACAGUGUGGGGUACGGGAUGGGGGAUGACGAGGUGGAUGGGGAACUGAAGGAGCAUGUGAGGGAGCUGCUGGGGGAGCUCGUGGGCGGCGCAGGGGAGGACGAGGAGGAAGAGGGAGAGGGGGAGGAGGGAGAGGAGGGAGAGGAGGGAGGGGGCGGGACCGUGCACAUGGAGGGCGGGUUUACGUUCAUAGCGGGCGUGCUGAAGCGGAGCUAUCGUGAUUUGGGGCGGGAGUGGAGAGAGGAGGGCGAGGAAGAGAGGCAGGGCGCGGGCAGCAAGGCUGGUAAGAGCCCGAAAAGCCCCAAGAGUGCGAAAAGCCCGAGAAGCACUGGGAAUGGUAAGAGUCCCAGGGAGGGGAGUGGGGUUGAGGAUGGGUUGGGUGGACAGGAGGCGGGUGGGGAGGACGAGGGGAAGGGGCGGGCGCCGUCUCGGCGGGUCAAGGCAGUGUCGUUUGGGGGAGUGGGUCAGGAGGAGGAAGAGGGCGAGAAUGAUGGGGCGACGACGGGGGAAGGAGGAGUGGGGAAGGGAGGUGCAGGGGAGGGAGGAGAGGAGGGGGUGGAGGAGAGUGGGGCAGUGGGUGUGAGGAGGGGUGGGAGGAGGAAGAAGCUGGAGCGAGUGAUGACUGUGGAAGCGGGGGAGGCGAGGAGGAGGGCGGAGAGGGAGGAGGAUAGUGAGGUGGAAAAGAAGGCUCACAGAGAGAGGCAGCGCUUGGUGCGGCUGAUGACGGUGGAGAGCGGUGGAGAGGGAUGGGUGGGCGGAGAGGGAGAGGAGGAGGAUGAGGAGUGGGGGGAGGUGGAGGAGGACGAAGUGGAGGAGGAGGAAGAGGAGGAGGAGGGGGGUGAGGAGGAGGAAGAGGAGGAGAGGAGGACAGUGGGGCGGCAGGGAAAGAAGCUGGUGCGACUGAUGACAGAGGAGGCCGGGCGAGCAGGGGGGAAGGCGCGGGGUAGCGGGAAGAAGCUGGUGAGGCUGAUGACUGAAGAGGCGGGGCGAGCGAAGGGGAGGGGAGGAGGGCGAGUGGAGGAGGAGGAAGAGGAGGGAGAGGAGGGCGAGGAGCAAGCAAGGAGCGAGGUGGGCAGGAGUGGAAGGAAGAAACUGGUGCGGCUGAUGACAGAAGAGGCCGGUAGAGCAAGGGGGAGGCGGGGAGAUGAGGAAGUGGAGAAAGGUGGGGAGGAGGGAGAGAGGGGCGAGGAGGACGAGGAGCAGGUAAGGAGCGAGAGAACCGGCAGCGGCAGGAAAAAGCUGGUGCGUUUGAUGACAGAGGAGGCAGGGCGAGCAGGAGGGAAGGCGCGGGGUAGCGGGAAGAAGCUGGUGAGGCUGAUGACUGAAGAGGCGGGGCGAGCAGCAGAGAGGCGGGAAGGUGGGGGGUGGGAGAAAGAGGAAGAGGAGGAGGAUGAGGAGGAAGAGGAGCAGGUAAGGAGCGAGGUGGGCAGGAGUGGGAGGAAGAAACUGGUGCGGUUGAUGACAGAGGAGGCAGGGCGGGGCAGUGGAAAGAAGCUGGUCCGACUUAUGACUGAAGAGGUGGGGCAAGCAGAGGGGAAGGGAGCAGGUGGGGGGAGGAAACUGGUGCGACUGAUGACUGAAGAGAAUGGGGCCUUGGGUGGGGUAGAUGAGGACGAGGAGUGGGACGAUGAAGAAAUGGUUACGCUAUGGGAAGGGGAGGAUGAGAGCGAGGAGGAGGAAGAGGACGAGGAGGAGGAGGAGAGUGGGGAGGAGGACGACGAAUGCGGGCGCAUGGGUGGGCCGGGAGGGUUGUCUCUGAAGCUGCGACGAUCCAUGACUGUAGACGACGAUGAUAACCCGUUAGGCCCUUGCCCUUAUAACGAGUACGACAUGCGUGUGGGCACUGGGGGUAGCAAGGCGGCGAAGGGCGAUGGGGUUGGGGCAGGAGAUGGUGGGGGCCGUGGGGCCAUGGAGCGCAAGGCGUCUCUGAAGCUGGCUCGCAGCAUCAGUGAGGACUCCGGGUCUGAGGAGGAACUGCCGGGGUACGAGGGGGAGGGGGACGAGGAGGAGGGGGGCGGGAGAGAGAAUAGUGUGCGCGUACCACACCUCCGCAGUGCCCCCCUGCGGCCAGGCCAUGCUGUUCCACCCGCUGCCCCACCUGCCGCCCCUCCAAACCCCCUCUUCCCCUCCCCCUCCCCCCCUGUUCCCCCCAGGAUCACCACAACGAUGCGCUUCAAAUCGUGUGCGCCUACCACACAUCCCAGGUCCCUCCGUGCGGCCAGGCCAUGCUGUUCCACGCGCUGCCCCACCUGCCGCCCCUCCGAACCCCCCUCUCCCUCCCCCUACCGCCCCCACCAGGAUCAUCACAACGAUGCGCUCGUCUGUGCCUACCACACAUCCCAGGUCCCUCCCUGCGGGCAGGCCAUGCUCUUCCAUCCAUUACCGCACCUGCCCUGCUGCCGCUCGGCUUAUCCCGCAGCGAGCUCGACAUCGACGAGCGCUGCUUCCCCCCUCAUGCCCUCUUCCACCCACCGACAACCUGCUGCUCAUGCACGCCCUCUGCUCCCCUUCCUCCCCAUCCUUCUUCCCCUGCCCCCUGUCUCACUCCAGGAUCACCACAACGACGCACUCCAAAUCGUGUGUGCUUACCACACAUCCCAGGUGCCCCCCUGCGGGCAGGCCAUGCUGUUCCAUCCAUUACCCCACCUGCUGCCGCUCGGCUUCUCCCGCAGCGAGCUGGACAUCGACGAGCGCUGCUUCCCCCCCCACGCCGACGGUUUACUUCUAAGAGAGCUCAUGCAUGCAGAGGAGGCCGCUGGGGUCGCGUGCUUUGCUGUUGCUGCUGCUUGCCGUGCUCUCAGCCUCGACAAUAUCCUCACAGUGCUAGCAGCAGUGCUGCUGGAGCGGCAGAUCGUGUUCGUCUGCCCUAACCUGAGUGUGCUGUCAGCGGUGGUACUAUCACUCAUCCCCAUGAUCCGCCCCUUCUCCUGGCAGUCCGUGCUGCUGCCGAUUUUGCCCAGUCAGCUUCUCACAUUCCUCGAUGCACCCGUGCCCUUCCUUGUGGGCAUGCAGUACAAGACAGUGGAGCUCAAGGACCGAGCCAGCAACCUCAUCCGAGUGAACAUUCCCAAGGACAAGGUGAAGGUGCCCACGUACCUGCCGCGCUUACCUGAUGAGGUGGACCUGUACAGUCGCCUCGAGCCCUUCCACUCAGCACUUGCCUCCAUGCCGCACGCUGACAAGCGCCCCAUGUACCGCACCACCGAGGACCAGGUGGCAGCAGCAGACGGCUUUCUGAUGACGCUAAGGAGCUACGUCGACACCUUCUGCACCGACGUGCGCAUCCACACCAUCACCAGCGUCAACCAAGGCGGGCAGCGGGUGUCGCUUCUUCUCAAGGAGAGCUUUGUCAACGGCUUCCCAGAGGAUGACCAGGAAUUCUUUCAGGCAUGUCCCUCUCCUAUGCUUUAG